AUGGACCGCAGGUUGCAAGGGGCUCUUCGGUCCCCGAGUUUGCGCCCCUGCAACGUGUCUCUCCUUGGAGACCUCCCUUUCCAGAGAGCGCGUUCCCGGGCGCUGACGCCGCGCGUCGAGGGACGCUCGGGUUCUGGAGAAACCGGUCGGGACCGACCUGUCCGGGUGUGGCGAGCCGAACCGGCAGGCAGCCCCCCGGGCGGGGGCGCCCCUUCCCAGGCACUGGGCGGCUACGCCCUGGGCCCGCGCCCCUUUGUGCGGCCGCAGACGGGCACCAUGCUGUCCACCGCGGACAGGUAUGCGGUGAAGAAGAGGAAAAAGCCGACCCAGGUUGGCGUCAACCGGUCUUCAGAGCGCUUCCCCAGGGACGCGGAGACCCGGGAGCCUGGCGGCACAACCCCCAGGGGCGCAGGGUUCCCGGCGCAUGGGGGCGGGUUUCCUCCAGAGGGAGCCAAGUCCAACCCUUCUAAACGGCACCGGGACCGCCUGAAUCAAGAGCUGAGCAAACUGACCAACUUGCUGCCCUUCCCUGAGGAUGUGCGGGCCCGCCUUGACAAGCUCUCCAUCCUCAGGCUGAGUGUGGGCUAUCUAAAGGUGAAGAGCUACUUCGCAGACAACCAGCCACAUCUCCAGAACCAGCUGACCCAGGGCCACUCUGGUGGUCCUGGGCCAGAGCACAGAGCCACCCUAAGGGACAGCAUUGAAGACUGCCCAGCUGACCCACCCAUGAAUCCAGGAGGAAGUGAGCAUACCUCUCCACAGGUCAAUCUACAACUGUUUCCUGAAGGGGACUUGCUUCUUCAGGCUCUCAAUGGCUUCCUCAUGGCUGUUACAGAGGAUGGCUAUGUUUUCUACGUCUCUCCCACAGUCCAGGACUACCUGGGGUUUCAUCAAUCAGAUGUCAUCUAUCAGAGUGUGUUUGAACUGAUCCACAAGGAGGACAGAGCCAUGUUCCGGAGCCAGUUUCUCUGGCCUGCAGAUGCAGCACCUGUCAGCAGAGAGGGUGAGCAGGACAUCCACCCUCUGCCAGGAGAGAAGUUUCUCUCACUUAGUGGCACCUCCACCGACAGCCUGCAGCAUCAGCCCUUGGAUGACCCCUCCUAUCUGGAAAGAAGUUUUGUUUGUCGGUUCCGCUGCCUGCUGGACAAUUCUUCCGGGUUUCUGGAGUUGAACUUCCAUGGCCAUCUUAAGUUCCUCCCUGGACAGAACAAUAGGUCAGAAGAUGGUAUCCUCCUGUCUCCUCAGCGCACCCUGUUUGCCAUUGCAGCGCCUUGCCAGCCACUCACCAUCCUGGAGCUCCAAGACAAGACAUUUCUUUUCCAAACAAAACACAAAUUGGAUUUCACACCUAUAGCCUGUGAUUCCAGAGGCAAGCUGGUCCUGGGCUACACCGACAGCGAACUCUGCAGGACGGGCUCCGGCUACCAGUUCGUCCACGCGGCCGACAUGACGCACUGCGCCGAGAACCACGUGCGGCUGAUGAGGACGGGCGAGAGCGGCCUCACGGUGUUCCGGCUGCUCACCAAGGAGGCCGGCUGGCUGUGGGUGCAGUCCAACGCCCGCCUGCUGUUCCGCGGCGGCCAGCCCGACUGCAUCGUCGCCCGACAGCGGGCCCUGACGAAUGCAGAGGGGGAGGAGCACCUGCGCAAGAGGGCCCUGCAGCUGCCAUUCAUCUUCACCACAGGGGAAGCCAUCCUGUAUGACAGCAGCCCCCUGAGCCCUGUGACUGCCCCCCCAGCCAGGAAGCAGAUCAGGGCAAGGAAGGGCACCCCCACUGGUCAGGGCCCUGUGCACCCAGGCUCUCUUCUGGGAGCCAUGAUGCAGCAAGAUGAGUCCAUAUACUUGUCCUGCAUUGCCCCAACCCCACAAGGCUCACUCUUGGAGAGGUGGAGGUCCAAUGACAGUCAUGAGUGCAAGGAAGAGCAAGAGGAGGAGGAAGACCACUCCCUCCUGGCUCUCACUGAGACCCUGCUGGAGAAGGACACAGAAGAACAGCCUGAUCUCUGCUCCACUCUCCAGCACCUGGGGGUCACCGACCUCAGCCAGCCCAGUGUGGAAUUCGUCUGCAAGAGCUGGUACGCAGGCUGUGCAGAAACCACAAGAUCCUCUCCAGGGGAGGAGGAAGGAGGGCCCGACGGGCAGCUGGUUCGUUGGGAGGGGACCUGGCAGGCCAUGAAGGUGCCGCCCCACACGCAGAUGUCUGAAAGGCCACAGAAGGCUCGCUCCCACAUCAACGGACAGCAGUCAUCUGCUAUGGGGCCGGCAGGGCUGAACACUGCCCCUCAAAAUAUCGAGCCCUCAUCCCUGUAA